GUGACCUCGCCUUUAAAGUUUUGUUUGUUUUUUCUUUUAUUUUCCUUUACUAUUUCUGAGUUUUUAGUGUUUACUAUAUAUAUUUUACAUACUUUGACAAGUUAUGAAUCAGUCUAGUUAAGGAAGAUAUUUAAGGAUAAUGGGCAAUUAAAUGACUAGAAAGGUUAUGAUCUAAAAUUUAUGUUGACAUUCAUCUACGUAAAUUCUAACGGGUUACCGUUUUUACAAGUGUAAUUAAAGUUGUUACGAUGUUUUCCAAGAAGAAAAAGAAGCCCCAGAUAUCACCACCCAUUAAUUUCGAGCAUAGGGUGCACACAGGUUUUGACAAAAGGGAAGGCAAAUAUGUAGGUCUUCCCCUUCAGUGGGCCUCAAUUGUUGGAAAUAAUCAAAUAUUAAAGUCAACUAAUAGACCGUUACCUCUCGUCGAUCCUUCGGAAAUCACACCAACAGAAAUAUUGGAUCUUAAGACUAUUGUACGUGGCGAUAAUAAAUCUGAAAAUAGACUGAGUAUACACCAAAAUAACAAAACACCCGCAAAUGGAAUUGUGCUUCCUAAAACAUCCAAUGUAGCAAGGUCAAAUUCAUUGCGAUCAUCCAGUCCUCCAAGAUUUCGAAGGGAUCAUCGAAGUAAUGCUAAUGUGCCACCAUCAGUUCCAGAAGAACAAAUUAUGCAAUAUCCUUCAAUGAGAAGGGAUCCAAGUAUAAGUAAACCUCAGGUACGUGAGAAUUCUCCUACAGACAUAUCUUCAAACAACCAAGAAAUACAAAACGUUUAUGUUAAUCAACAAAAUAUCAAUGGAAACGUGCCGAUUGAAAGAUUUAUGCCACAAAACGCUAUGGGAUAUCCAUCAAGAGUUCCAGAGCAUCCACAGAUAUCGCCGGUCGGAUCAGUAGCUUCCACAGUACCAUCAGUUCAUCAUCCUAGUAUAGGACCGCAUCCCCCAUUACAUCCACAUCUAAAUCAAGGUCCACAUUCUAAUAUAUUGCCACAUGUAAGACCUGAUCAAAAUCAAAAUAUCAAGAAUGGGAAUAUAGCAGUUCAUGCCCAACCAGGAAGUAGUAGUCAAAGUAGUUCUUCAUCGAAACAUCAUGAACAGAGGACAUUAACACAUGAACAGUUUCGAGCGGCUUUACAAAUGGUGGUCUCCUCCAAAGACCCCCGCGAAAACCUGGAAAGGUUUGUCAAAAUCGGCGAGGGGUCUACCGGUACCGUUUGCAUAGCCCAAGACAGAAACACUGGUAGACAAGUAGCCGUCAAAAAGAUGGAUCUGCGAAAACAACAAAGGAGAGAGCUGCUUUUCAACGAAGUCGUCAUAAUGCGAGACUACCAUCAUCCGAAUAUCGUAGAAAUGUUCGACAGUUACCUAGUAAACGACGAACUUUGGGUCGUAAUGGAGUUCUUAGAAGGCGGUGCCUUAACCGACAUUGUAACUCAUUCCAGAAUGGACGAGGAACAAAUAGCAACUGUCUGUAAGCAGUGCUUGAAAGCUCUGGCUUACUUACAUUCCCAAGGUGUUAUUCACAGAGAUAUCAAGUCUGAUUCAAUACUCCUAGCUCUAGAUGGCAGAGUUAAGCUAUCCGAUUUCGGAUUUUGCGCCCAAGUCUCCCAGGAACUUCCAAAAAGAAAAUCCCUAGUUGGUACACCUUACUGGAUGUCUCCAGAGGUUAUUUCUAGAUUGCCGUACGGACCCGAAGUCGAUAUUUGGUCGUUGGGUAUAAUGGUUAUUGAGAUGGUCGAUGGAGAACCGCCGUUUUUCAAUGAACCACCUUUGCAAGCCAUGAGGCGGAUUAGGGAAAUGCCACCGCCGAAACUGAAGAACGCUCACAGAGUUUCGCCUAGGUUACAGUCGUUUUUGGAUAGGAUGUUGGUCAGGGAUCCCAGUCAGAGAGCCACAGCUCAGGAAUUGUUGUCUCACGCUUUCCUAAGACAAGCCGGACCACCCGCCUUACUUGUGCCUUUAAUGAGAGGUUCCAAACAUGCAAACUACUAAAAUAAAGUGAAGAUAAUUAUUGUAUAUAAUGUUUAUAUGAAGCUAUAGAGGUAAGCUUCCAUUAAACCCGGUAUUUUUUGAUAGGAUACAUCUUUAACACUGUACGGCAAUAAUGGAGAGAUAUGGCAGCGAUGUACACUGAACGGCGUUAUUUUGACAAUUUUGACAGUUAAAGUGUCUUUAAAGUGUUAUUGCACUAAUAACGCUACUGCUUGUUCGCUUUUUGCGUCAAGAAGACGCCAUUUUGUGGCAUUUGACAUUUCGAAAACGUUAUAUAUUGUCAAUUGAGAUACUGUAUUUAAAAAAAAAUAUAAAUUAAUGUUAAUUAACUUAAAACAUACUUUUCUCAUAAAUAUUACAAGCCAUUAUGGUACAUAGCAUAGUUGAAUUCAGUAUUUAAGAUUGAAUAUGUUCAUAUCAGAAAAUUAUGAGUACAGUUGCCGUUAAGAUUCAUUUAUUUUAAAUAAUACGGGGGAAUCCUGAAUUAUUACAUCAAAAUAUGUGUGACAAUCUGUACACUGUACAGGGUGAGUCAACGAUAGUGUAAAGACCAUUAUCUCAUUUGUUUC